UAGUGAUUUCAACAGGUUUUGCAGGUAUUAAGACUGCAUGUUGUGACCUCGUGGAAAGAUCAUUCCUACACAGAUUUCAGUAGAUAGCCACUGUAAAACUUUGAAAGCUUGUUACACUCUCAAUCUAAGCAUGGGGAAGCUUCUUACUCUGUUAAUGCUUUUGGGCCUUCUCGUGGUGGCAAUGGCUGCACCUUUAAAAUCAGGGGAUGAUGAUAAGGAGGAAAGCGAUGAAGGAAAGGAAGAUAGUGGUGAAAAUUCAAACAGCACGGAAGAUAGCGGGGAAAAUACAGUAUCUUCAGAUGAAUCAGCAGAAGAAAAUGAAGAGAGCAAAGAUAACGAGGCAAGCCAAGAGGACGAAGCAGCAGUCGAUGAAAAUAGCAAGGAGGGUGAUGAAGAUAAUAAGGACAACGAUGAGACUGCCGAUCAGCGCAGCAAAGUUGAGAAGAAAUGUUCCAGCUGUGGUGGACACGGUGGUCAUCACUCAUUUGGACACGGUGGACAUCACGGUGGUCAUCAUCUUGACCAUCAUGUUGGCGUAUUGAACGUUCCUGAAGUGGUGCAUCAUGGUGUUGGUGCUGCAGUUCAUACACACGAAUACCCACACGUACACGCACACGGUGCAGAUCAUUAUGCUGUUGACACUCACGUAACUGGCCAUACUGGACAUGUCCUUUCCGGUCAUCACGGUGGACAUGGUGGACAUGGAUAUGGUGGUCAUGGUUAUGGCGGCCAUGGUUACGGUGGUCAUGGUUACGGUGGUCAUGGUUAUGGCGGCCAUGGAUACGGUGGUCAUGGUUACGGUGGACACGGUCAUGGACACGGUCACGCCGUCCAUGUUCAUCAUGUUGCCGAACCUUGCCAUUCCGUGCAUGUUUUACACGAUACUCAUCAUGGAAAUGAUUGCGGCCAUGGUAUUGCCCUUGGACAUCAUGGUGCACACGUCGAAGCUGAAGAUAGCGAUGUUGAGGAGAGAGAAGCAGAAACCCCAGAAACCAACCAAGAUGAAUAGAAGAUAGACUCCGAGUUAUGUUCCUAGAUGAAAGCAUUUUUUUCUCCGAGCCCUUGUCUCUUAGCAAAAGAUUUAAUGUGUUUUCUUUAUAGUGAUUCAAGUCAUUAUUUUGUACGUCUUAACCAAUUUCCACAUAGAUAGCUAUUUUUAAAA